AUGUUCGCCCGUGGGGCAGCCGGUCGCCCCUCGCUGAGCCCACAGCCUCCGCCUCGCUGGUCCCAAGGAAGGAAACGCGGUGCAGAUGGAAAGCGGAGAAAGCAGAAUGAAUCCGAUUCAUCCGUUUUUGAUGAAAACGAGUACAGGCCUUCUGACAACAGACCGGACAGUUUUACAACACCAGAAGGCCCUGGACCCCUUUCCCGGUGUUCAGAUUGGGGAACUGCAGUGGAAGAAGAUGAAAUGAGGACCAGUGUUAACAAAGAAAUUGCAAGAUACAGAAGAAAACUCCUGAUAAAUGAAUUUUCAAGAGAAAGGAAGUACUCUUCUGGAAGUUCCGAUUCAAAGGAGUCCACUGUGACAGUAGAACUUGAGACAGAUGAAGUGGUUUUGAUGAGAAGACAAAAACAGAUAAACUACGGAAAAAACACAAUUGCGUAUGAUAGAUACAUUAAAGAAGUUCCUAGAUGCCAUCGUAUACCAGGAGUUCAUCCCAGAACUCCAAAUAAAUUUAAGAAGUACAGUCGUAGGUCAUGGGACCAGCAAAUUAAACUAUGGAAAGUUGCACUGCAUUCCUGGGAUCCACCUACUGAGGAAGGAUGUGAUCUGCAAGAAAUUAGUCCUGUUGACCUUGGUGAGAUGGAGACAGAAUCUGUUGGAAGCAAUUCUACUGAAUCUCAAACGAGCUGUCAAGACAAUGAUGAUACCUGUUCUGGCACUCCCACCAAAGUUAGACAUGUUGACUAUCAAGCAGAAGGUGAAUUUGACUUGGAAGUGUGUUUGAGUGAACCACUUAAAGAUUUUGAUACUUUGUCCACUUGCAGAUCAGGAGCAAAUUAGGGAGAUAUUUUUGAGCACCUGUCUGUUACCUUGCUUUUCCAUCUGGCUCUUCUACAGAGAUCUGACUUGAAGUAA